CAUCUUUCGACUGGUGCCUCCGCUUCCGUCGCAGCCGUCGUCGUCAAGGUUGCGCUUCACGACUUGUUGGGUUUUCUUCCGCGUUUUCACUUUCACUAAGACUCCGGCCGGCGUCUGGUGCGGACGCGUAUCUCCUCUGUUAUUAUCACCGUUUUUCCGAACACGUUUCGGGCGAAGAAGCAUCGCGCGCGUUUUCCCUCCAUCGCGACAGUUAUUGGUGUGUGAUUUUUUUUUUCAUCGGAAAAUCGAGCCCCCGUUUACGGCAAAAAGGAUAAAUGCCAUCGUUUUAUUAGUAGGCAUCGGGUUAUCGUGGUGCUGAAAUCCAAGAAUAUGUACAAGGUUAAUGAAAUCGAUGAUUGAUUUAUGCGGUUGUUAUGUACAAAUGUGAAUAGAUUAGCAAAAACCAAUCCUGAUCCUGUAACCAGAGAGAAUUGGUAGCUAGAUGGAAGAAGUGUGUUCAAUAGUGGACGAUUUGGUAGCAUAUUGGAUUGUAACCAAAAUAUCGGCGUGGCUUAAGAAGAAGAUUUAUCGAGAUUCCCUCCUGUUUAUUACCUCGGCUUUUGUAAUAAACGCAAUACCGCAUAAUAGAAGAAUAAUCACACAGAUGUGCUCGAUUGUGCCAGUGUGUUUCCUGUGGUAAACAAUUCACGUUCCAGUGAGGCUUUGAAUACAUAUAUUUUUGGGGGCAAAUCGCAUUGCGUGUUCCGUACACCAAGGAUUCCAAACUCGUGCCCAAAUCUGGUGGCUCUGUCGGAGGAUUCAAGGUCGCGGCAGUUUAGCAUACGUUUCACAUCUACCGAUACGCUAAUUUAUUGGACGCUCAGAUUCCAAGAUAUCGUCACUGACCAACUUACCCCUAUGAUCAACUAGCCCCGCCCUACCCUACUUUGUUUAUAGUCUUAUCAGCCGGUUUCUUCCAAAAGAAACAACACUGAUCUUUCCGAAUGGGCCAAAGUCGAAACACUGCUGUGGAUACUGAGAAGUCGAUGGAACGAAAAACACGCUAAAUCACCCCAUUAUCUUCCACCGCAGAGCAUCACAGUUCUGUUUCCGGCGGAGGAAACCUCCUUUCGCUGUCGAAUCAAUGGAAUCCAAUUUAAUUAACUGUACCACGAGCGUUGGUUCGGGUCAUAACUGGACUUGUUUUGUCGUCCAUUAUGAGGCGGAGGUGACGACCGCAGCCGCUCUAAACAUGUCCAGAUUCGGGGAGUUGGGCUUGGACGAGUAUCCGCUGCUAACGGCAUAUGACCCAGCAUACGAACUACGCUACGGGCUGCUGGGUACGGUGCUGUUAAGCGUUGCGUACACCCUUAUUUUCAUCGUUGGUUUGCUGGGGAACAUCUCUGUCGUGAUUGUCGUCAAGAAAAGCUCCAUGAUGCGGUCGCCAACCAAUCGCUUCAUCGUCAAUCUGGCAUACGCUGAUUUAUUAGUCAAUUUCCUCUGCUUGCCGUUUACACUUAUUGGUAAUCUCUUCCCAGCUUGGAUUCUAGGGGUGUUCUUUUGUAAAACUGUGUCCUACAUGCAAGGCGUUUCGGUGUCGGCUUCUGUUAACACCCUAAUGGCUAUCUCGAUUGAACGUUGCGUGGCCAUUUCAUUUCCCAUUUCGGGCACCAUAACUACCAGACAGUACCGAGUGAUCGUUACGAUUAUAUGGACAAUAGCUUUGAGCAUCAAUCUGCCUUGGUUGUUUGUGUUCACACUAAAACCGAUCGGUAUUCCGGGCAGUUCGGCACAGAUCUGCACCGAGCUGUGGCCAUCGCCAGCAUCGGAGAGCUGGUACUUUCUGUUUGCAAAUUUGUUUCUGUGCUAUCUUGGGCCGCUGUCUGUGAUAUCAAUUUGCUACAUUAUCAUCUGGAAGAAUGUCGCAUACCGGAAGCUGCCCCGAGAUCUGAUCAUCAGCCGAAAAAACGAGGUCUACAACCGGAGCAAGGUGAAGGUUAUCAAAAUGGUAUUUGUAGUUAUUGUAACGUUUACACUUUCGUGGCUGCCGCUGUAUGCGAUAUUUUGUUUCGUAAAGUUUGCCGGCGACCUUAUUUACGAUGAGUCAGUUCAAUCUUUAAUAUUUGGCAUACUUCCGGUGGCCCAGUGGCUAGGGGCGGCUAACUCGUGUAUCAAUCCGGUUCUGUACGCAUUCAUGAAUCGUAAGUUCCGCGCAGGCUUCAGCCAUCUCUUCCGUACCUGCUGCACGGCUGACGAUGAUGACUGGGAUCUACGCACGACAGUGCGUAGCGAUGAGACGCGAGAACAGGCGCUGCGAAGAAUACGGUCGGAGAAGCUAUCUAUUCGCAACGGGGGUCACACCGGGUUCGGAUCGGUGCACGUCACAGGUCCAAUGCGAUACUCCCAAUCAACGAGACUCCCUCAGAUACACCGAGUGGAUUGAUCGAUCAUUUUUCCUAAUUGGUAUGUUUGUAUGAAUGUAUAACAACAAAGAAAUAUGCGUGCAGUACAAACAAUAAAACGAAUCAAAAUCAUGUUUACAACGUAUUAGUACUAAGGUGCCAAAGUGCAAAUUUUAAUGGCAUUCGCCGUUCCAUAACAACGAUAUCUAUUUUCAUAAAUUGUAUUUUUAAUUAACUCAAAGAACAUUUAUUA